CAUCGCAGCUACAAAUACAUGCGCAUGCGCACUACAGCCAAUUAGCACAGGAGAGCAGCGGCGUGUGUGUGCGGCUGGACGGUGAGCCGUGCAAUGUCUACCGAUGGGGAUUACACCCGGCGGAGGAGGAAUACUCAUGACGCGUUCGACUUCCCUCGUGAAUUUGAUCAUCGUACUGAAGGGCAGCACAGACGGGGGUCCCUCUGUGACAGAAAUUGCACUGUGAAUAUUCAGCAUGAUUUGGUGGAAACCCAUUCUGGUUCUCAUCAGCAUAGUCUGCUUACACCAAGACUGUUGCCUGGAUCCUCCACCCCAUCCUCUUGUCCUCAUCAUACAGGGGAGGUUCUGCCUUGUGAUGUCUGUCUUAUUAAAACCACAAUAACUGCUGAGAAUGAGGUGGAAGCCCUUAAAUUGUCUAAUAACUAUAAGUUUGGCUUUAAAAAAUGGAAAAGCCACAUAACGGAACGCCCUUGGGAAGAUCGAUCUGAAAUAGUAAAAGAACUCUACUCUGACCUGAACGUGGUGAAAACUACAGUCACCUCGCAAGUGAGCAUUGGCAACAUACUUUAUGUGCUUCUCUUUGGAUGGUGGAUUGCUCUGUUUUACUUCCUGGUAUCUGUCCUUAUGUUUCUCUCUAUACUAGGAUACUCAUAUGGUGUGCUUUGUUGGAGGCUUGCAGGAUUCUUUAUUUGGCCGUUUGGAAAAGUGAUCCUGGCGAGUGGCAUAUCAUCUAACAGAAAAUGCUGUGUGAGAUUCGAAAAGUGUGAAGCUAUACCAGAGGUGGAUGAGUUGGAGAAAACUCCCCUCUUAGAGAAAUGUAAAAGGAUCAAUUCAGAUGUACCGAGUCUUGAGGUCCGCUACUGGUGGCGAAUCAGCACUUAUGUGUGGCUCUUGGUAGGAUUUCCAUUGCUUGCAGUAGUCCAUGGGUUGGCAUGCUUAAUCUCUUGGCUUCUAGUCAUCUUCAUCCCAAUCUCCAAGAUGAAUGCCCGGAUUCUAUCUAAGGUUUUGUUAAUGCCUCCAGAACACGUACACAUCCGAUGGACAAGAAAGGUAGAAGAUAGCCAUCAUGCCGAAGUCAUUCUCUGUUGCUAUCAUGCCAUUAAUGUAUAUUACUACAAGUAUACUGUGGAUGGACUCAAUGUAUUUUCAGUUAACUUGAUUGUGUUGGUGAUUGUGUCACUGGUUCUUGGAUAUGUUGACAUCCACAAUUAUUACUCCAGUUCGCCUGUGAAAUUUACUCUCUCGCUGCUAUCCAUAAUGCCGCUUUCCUACUAUAUUGGAAUGGCAAUUGCAAGUAUAUCUGCUCAGAGCAACUUUGCACUGGGAGCUGUGGUGAAUGCUACAUUUGGCUCAAUCAUUGAACUGACUUUCUACAUUACUGCACUGAUUAAGGGUACACGAGAAGAUAACAAGUGCUAUGAAGAGGUGGUAAAGUCUGCUCUGACUGGCACAUUGCUGGGGUGUGUCCUCUUUGUUCCUGGCUUGUGCAUGAUCAUUGGGGGAAUAAAGCACCAGGAACAGAGAUUUAAUAGUAGGUCAGCUGGAGUAGGCUCUGCAUUGCUGUUCAUUUCAGUAGGAGGUGUAUUUGCUCCUACACUGUUCUCCAAAGUAUAUGGAAAGAUGCUCUGUGGAGACUGUAUAAACUUUGGACUAAAUGCCACAAACAAGUUUAUCUGUCAGAACUGCCACACGGAGUUGACAGGACAGAAUGACACAUUAUUAUAUAGUGAUGUAAGACCCUUGGUGUACACAGUGUGCAUUUUGCUGCCUGCUGCUUAUGUCAUAGGACUUAUCUUCACACUAAAGACCCAUUCUCAUAUUUAUGAUAUUCACAUCAGUGACUGCCAUGUGCCUGGCCACCAUCAUAGCCCUGUUGUUCACUGGUCCCGUUGCCGGGCAGUGGUCAUUCUCAUUGGCUCUACUUUAUUAAUGGCGGCGUGUGCAGAUCUAGCCACUGAGCAUAUCAGUCCUAUUCUUAAAGAAACCACAGUGUCACAGUAUUUUAUUGGAGUGACUGUUUUAGCAAUGAUCCCUGAGCUCCCUGAACUUAUUAAUGGGAUUCAGUUUGCACUACUAAACAACCUGAGUCUAAGCAUCGAGAUUGGAACUUGCAUUGCGGUUCAGGUGUGCAUGUUGCAGAUACCCAUACUGGUACUAUUCUCUGUGUUUUAUCCAACAGGCUUCACUCUGAUAUUCAGUGACCUUCACCUUUGGGCCAGCAUGUUCAGUGUGAUUCUGAUGAACUACAUCUUCAUGGAUGGGAAGUGUGAUUACUUUCAGGGCACUGCCCUGGUCAUGGUUUACUUCAUACUGCUGGCCAUGUAUUUCUUUGCUCCAUCUCCUAGUGGCUGCUGAUGAUGUUUUGACCACAUGAGAACUUGAGAAAAGUGCCUGGACAUUUUCAUGACUAAUGACUGGACCAAUUUCAAUAUAUUUAAGCUGCAGCCAUGUCUGAAGAAACCAUGUAUUUUCUGGUGGAGUUUUUCUAGCCACAGUGUUAAAAAAAAAAAAAAAUCCACACUACUUUCUCCACGCUUUCUUGGUGAUGUCCAUACAUCAAUGUAUCUGUAUUAAGCAAGACUUCAGAAUGGCAGUUCUACCACUCAUCACUUCAUGCAUUACGGUCUUCUCUGAGACCAACUUAUCUUAUUUAUAGAAAUCUAUAUACAGACGCAGAAUAAAGAUUCAGUCAUUUUGUGUAUAUCUGUUGCAGAAUACGAAAAUUGCGGUUGACUAGCCUGUCAUAGGAAUUUAAACAAACCUUAUCUUUAGAAGCAGGCAGGCACUUGUUAAAUCGGCACACGCUGACUGACAUUUAAACUGAGAACUACAGGAUACCUGCAUUAGAAAAAUCACGUGGUACUAGGUGACCAUUUGUCUGUGCCAUUGUCCUUUUUUGGGCCUGAGGGGAGAGGCAGUUUCACCAGCCCUCUGCAGUAAAAAAGGGUCUAAUUUAUUUUUAUAGAUCAAAAGAAAUUGUGAUUGUUUCCAUAGCAACCACACAUAUAUGCCGUCUGAGAAAGCGGCUUCAGUAGUACAGAGAUGUUUCACAGAUGGAAAGUGAAGUCAAAAGUUGUGGAGGAAUAAUUUAGAAAUAAUUUAAUGACGCAGUUAACCUUAGGUUUCCAUACUGGACAUGUCAUUGGGGGCUUUGCCUGGUUCUAAAUUAUAAUUCCACUGUUAGUGAACAGAAAACACUUUUUAGGUCUUGUGUCCUUUUUAAUAACUAUACUAUUGCUUGAUGUAGAAGAUGCAGUCUAUAUAAUUGUGUUUUUGUACUCUAAUAAUAAAGUAAACUGAAUAAUCAUUGGUGGCACUGUAAAUACAGUAUUUGAUAUUAAAGGGCCAUUUCUGGAAA